UCGCCGCCGUUGAGUCGUGUCGCAGUCAGUUUUUAUUCAAGAUGGCGAACGUACGGGACAGCGACAUUUCACUGUGGCUACACAAUAAGCUUGGUACAUCAAACGAUUCGUGGAUUAGCGGUUCUAUCAUAUCACAGCUGAACAAGGAAGUGCUGCGGAACAUCAAGGAGUGUUUUCCGGAUCUUCAGACGCAGGUGAAGCUGAAACUGCUGCUUAGUUUUUUCCACAUCCCGCGGAGGAUAGUCGAAGAGUGGAAAACCGAACUGGACGAAGUGAUUGAAGUUGCUGGCCUAGAUUCAGAGCUAUGGGUGUCGAUGAUAGCGGAAACAAUCAAAACCCUCCCAACGACGGGAUCUUUGAACACCGAAAUCUCCGACUACGAAGAAACGCGACCAAUUUUCACCGACAUGGUCAACGAGCUGCGGCGAUUGGUGGUAAAAAACGCCGACUUGGGACUGCUGCCCCUGGAAUGCCAGUAUCUCAACAAAUCCGCCUUGGUUUCGGUGGUGGGCCAACAGUCGACUCCGGUUAAGCACUUCACGCUGAAACGGAAACCAAAAAGUCAAAAUCUGCGUGAAGAACUGGAGCAGAAGUCGAAGGACGCCCAAAGCUGUCUGAAGAAGAUUUCCGCACCGACAGUGCCUUUGAGAUCUCGAGGGAUUCCACGAAAAAUGACUGACACGACCCCACUGAAGGGCAUUCCUUCGAGGGUUCCUACCGGAGGAUUCCGAUCACCACCUACAUCGCAAGGACCUAACCGACCCAGUAUGAGUCGGAUGCCUGCUGGCAGAAAGGAAGGUGGUGUCAAACUGUUGGAAAUAGGAGAACAACCUUUAGGCUAUGCAGCAGCCAAAAAGCGGAAACGAGAACAAGAACGUGAGGAGCAGCAGAAGAAGGCAGCCGAGCAAGCAAGUGCCCAGGCCAGUCAGGAUGUGAAACCGAUUAUUACAACUCCCACGACUUCCACCGUAACUACCACGACACCGGAUUACGCUGCCGGUCUUACAGCUAGUACGGUUUAUAGUCAACCUGCAACCCCGAUGCCAGCGACGACGAUCAAGGAAACGGUCGUUCCUACAGUUGCACCGCAACCAAUACAAACUCAACCCCCACAGACUGUAGAGAUCAAGCAAGAAAUCAAGCAGGAGAUCAAAACGGAACCCAUGUUAACGACAACCGUACCGGUGCAAACGGUUCCAAUCGUUUCGUCAACUCCAAUUCAGCACACGGCACCUCCAGUUCCUCCUUUAGCAUAUACAACCCCACAGCCACAAAAGCUCAUCAGUAUCAAAACGGAACCAAGCGCUUCUAUUCCUAUGUCCGUUUCCUCUAAUCCACCAUCCUUGGUUCGAUCUGUAACGCUACCUACUAGUACCCAGAUAAAAACCCAACCCCAGCACCACAUACAACAGCUUCCAACCGUUGCUAGCUCAGUACAAAUGAUUCAAAAUGCCGGAACAACCAUUGCGAGCAAACCAAGUUCGGCAGCUCCAAAGAUCGAGAUCAUCUCGUCGAAAACAAUUCAGCCUGGCACCAUUCAAGCAUCGAUUCCAAAAUCAACCACCAUCAUCAAUCAAGGUGGAAACAUUCUGUUCACUACGAAACAAGUUCAACCGAAUGUCACCUCUUCGGCCAGUGGAACAACUAUCAUCCAGCAGAAGCCGGGAACCUACGUCCUCAACACGUCACCACCCGGAAAACAAAUCAACAUCCAACGACUGAUCACCAAUGCUAACGCGGCCGGAACGCCAACUCUGACCACUACAAUCUCUCGUGCUCAACAUCAGCAGCAACUACUUCAAGCCCAGCAAAUCCAAACCCAGCAGCAGUCGCAGCAACAGCAAAUCCAACAACCAACCACUCCAACGCGGAUCGUUCAAAUCAAAACCGCUCCAACGGUGUCGCUCAACAAUAAUCAGCUUAUGCAGAAUAUCCCUCCGCUAAUCUCAACUCAACACCCCGGCUCUGGAACACAGCCAACCAUCCUAAACAUUCAAACCAUACAGCAACAACAGCAGCAGCAACAGCAACUGCAAAUCCAGCAGCAACCCACUACCCCUCAAAAGCGAACCAUCACCAUCACCGCUCAAAAUCCACAGAACAACAACAUGAUAGCCACAUCCGUGGCCCAAAUCCUCCAACAGCAGCAACAACUUCAACAGCAACAGCAACAACAGCAAACCAUUCAAACCACUUCAAUCGUGACCGGUGCCACCCAGCAGCCCAAAUACGCCCAGGUCGUCAUGUCGCCGAACGUAAAGGGCAAAACCAUAUUCGUAACCAACCCAUCGAACAUCCCGAACGUGCUCAACCAAAAAGGUGUCAUCCUGCGCACGGUGGAUCCCUCGGGAAACACCGUUUAUCAGCAGAUCCCUCUCCAGAAUGUUUCCGGUUUGAGUGGGGCCACCAUAAUAAGCGGCGGUCCACCUGGCUUGGUUAAAGCCGAACCGGACACCAAACCGCAGCUCAGUCAAAUCCCGGCCCUGGUCCCCACCAGUUCCCUACACCAGAAUAUCCCCGCACUGACGCCGGUCGUUCUCCAGCAAUCGCAACAACAGCAAACGCAGCAAACGUCGACCAUCCCGGCGCUAAUCACCAGCAUUUCGCAGCAAGGUCAACAACAGCAACAGCAGAUCAAGACCUCGCCCCAGACGAUGACCAUCAUCAGGCCGGUGAGCGGAAACAACAUGCAAACCGUGCUACCACAGGGCCUUACGCUGAUACAGCGACCGGGCCAACAGCCUCAGCUGGUGCAGACCAUCCAGGCCGGGGGGCAAACGCAAGUGCAGCAGCAACCCCAAACCCGGACUAUCAUCACGCAGAUUCCGCAGCAGCAGCUUCAACAGCAGCAAACGCAACCGCAGCACACGAUUCAGUUCCAGGCGGCGGGUACUCCGCGGGCCGGAGGAACCACCAUACAGUUGGUGCAACAACCGCAGCAAGAGCGCACCAUUGUACAACAGCAGCCACAACAGAUACAAAUCCAGCGUACACAAAUCGCCCCUCAACAACAACAGGGCACCACGGUCACCAUUCAACAGAAUGCCACUGGAGUCCAACAGCAACAGGUCCAACAGCAAGUUACUCGCAAAGGUCUUUCUUUAUCGAACAAACAUGUCAUAGAGGCACACGACAUGUUUAAACGCGCUAACCGGGUGUCACGUGUGGAAAAAGCAUUGAUCCUCGGAUUCAUGGCCGGCUAUCGGGACAAUCCGCGACCAAACCCGGAAAAUAUCGUCACCAUCAAACUGAACGAAAGCCAGGAAAAAGUCCUCCAAGCGGACGACACCCAAGCCGUGAUGCUGGUCGAAUCGCUCAUCACCCUGGACUACAACACGGGCGAGUGGAGAACGUUCCGAAAGUAUCGCGAACUGGAUCCCUCGCAGCAGCACGAAGCCGGAACGACCGGACAGGGUCAAACAACGGCCCAACAAAACUCGGUGGUUAUUUAAUGUUUAGCGUAGCAGAAACAAAAGCGUGAUAGUCGAGCGAUGGUAGAGUAGAAGAACACAGAUUGUGUGUAUGUACAUUCAGGAUAAUCAUUUAUUAAUGCCUAGCAGUAUGCGAGAGAUGAAUGAAAGCGUCGUACUGUGUAGUAGUAUUUAUAUCAUGCGUUAUGUUAUAUAUUUUUUCUAUUAUUGAAAUGAUAUCCCUCUUUGUUGUAAUUGCUAUGUAUCGAUGGCAUAUAUAGGCAAAAUGUGCAAAUAUCUAUUUUCAUCUCAUGAAAUAAAAUCUACGCUGUAUUAGGGCCGUUAGUACUAAAAAGCUUAAAGUAGUGAACAUACAGAACAAUAGAUCAAGUACAUCGUAUACCUUCAAAUCAGGAAAUAAUCGGAUCACUCACGUAUAAGAUAACCAAGCUAAACCGUAUAGUGUUAGGAAACUAUCCACCUGGAAUGAAUAGAAGCUACAAUGGAACUCUCACAAUCAGUUCAAAUUUCCUAAACACUGCUACUACGACUUGGGUCCCUCUACCUGAUGGCAAAAUGUAUAAAUGUUGAAAAGUUAUAUUGAAGUGCACCUGUUUAAAUAGGGAACAAUUGGUAUGCGCUGUUAAGAAGAGGAACCCCCCCAAAGCUUCAGAAUCUAAUGGUAGCGACAACCUCCCUUAAGUGGAAACUAAUGUUAAGGGACGCCAUGCGUGUUGUAUGUAGUUUAGUACCGAGAGGAGGAGAACGGUUCGACAAAUACAGCAACAGUAGAAGUUUUUAUGUUAGUAAAAUGAAAUAUUGAAUAAUUCUGUAAUUAUAUUAUCGCUAAUUAUAAAUGCUUAAAGUGAAAAGAUAGCGAAGCAUGCAGUGAAAUAAUAUUGAUUAUUGAAAUAUUAUUUUAUCAUCUCUUAGAGUAAAAGAACCAUGAUUGUGUAUAUUCCAAGAAGCGCAGCGUAUGAAAUGCAAAACAUUGUAAAAAUA